AUGACGGCAAUACGGUUCCGCAUUAUUGCGGCCAUUACAUUCGUGGCCCUUCUCUUUACGCUCAUGGGAUUCUUCAUUUUCCCCUCACCGACAUUUGCGAUCCCUAAGAGCAAGGACUACACAAACGAGAGCAGUAGUGGGUCCAAGGAAGGCCACACUGAACUCGACAGUACCAACCAGUCGCACGAUGACGAGGCUGUAGAAUUCCCCGUUAAGGCUGCUUAUUACGACAUUGCUAACGCCCCCAAAAGAUCGACCUCGUCGCCAGACGUGUAUAGAGGCACCCGAGUCAACUGCGACCCCUACGCUCUGCCUGGUUACAUCGACUACGACAAGAACAACUUCAACAACACCCACUGGGUCGGAUACAAUGACGACUGCAAGGCCAUUCACCCGCCUCCUAUUCUUCAGUUGAGAGACGGCAUGGAUUUCCCUGACCUCAGAGACAAGUCUGUGCUGUUCAUUGGUGACUCGGUCGACAGACAGAACGCCGCCUUCUCGUGCGAAAUGAUCGGCCAGGAUGUCAAGGUGACCUAUCAGAAGGACUACACAGACGAGGUCACUGAUCCCGCAAAGAUGUCUGGAGGUCACCCUCGAUACUGCUACUCUCCCGAAUACAACAUGACCUUAUCCACCUUUUUCUUCUUUGGUUUCGACACUGAUGAAAUCUGGCAUGACAAGAAGAAGUCAUAUCUGCUUCCUGGAGGAGUUUGGGAACGAAUGAAGCUGCUAAAGGAUAUCGUCAACUCUCGGCCUCAUCACAACGACCUGGAGCUGAUUGUUCUUAACGUGGGUUUCUGGGAGCUGGCUCGAUACGACCGUCUGGACGGUUACGCAGGCAUUACCGAAUCCAUCUACCUCACCGAGGAACAGGUGCGUGAGUACGUGGUUAACCUGGAAAAGUUUGUCCUGGAGGUUCAGAAGAUUCUGCCCAACUCCCGUAUUGUCUUUCGACAGAUGCAUUCUCCUCGGGCACAGCAAGGCUCCUUCUUCAACGACGGCACUUCGGACCGACACAACCGGUUCCAUUCGAACAAGGUGCGACAGCUCAACUCCGCAGCCAAGCAUGUAAUGGACCAGAUGGGCCUGGAGUUUUGGCACGUGGGCGACUUUGUGCGUGCCAUCCCCGAAAACCAGUACAUGUUUGAUGAUCUUCACCCCGGCCCUAUUGGAGCCGCCAUGCUCUGGGGCAACAGCAUUCUUGAGUACCUUGCACGAACCCCAAGAAUCGAGUGA